AUGACAAUUGAUCAUGAUGACGGUGAUGGUGAUCACGGUGAUGACAGUGAUUUGAGUGUGGAUUCUAUUGAUUUCACAAAUUUUCUAAACAAUAUUUUUUUAGCCGUAACCACUGAUGUUGAUUAUUACGAAAAUUAUGAAGAUAUAUCUACCACAAUUAGAGUAAAGAAAAUUUCGAAACGAACUACAAAUUCAAUAGAUCAGUUCAAGCCAAUUAUGAGGAAAACUAUUAUAUACAAAGAAAAACCUUCAUCAAAUUCAUCAGAUGAUUAUUAUGAUGAAGUGGUUGAAACAACAUGGGUUGUUAAAUUGGGUGAUAAAAAUAUAACUGAUAAAGAUCUACUCAAUUAUCUUAACAAUCAAACAAAAGAUGAAGAUUUAUUUGAGCGUAAGAAUGGAAGUAAAAAUUCAGAUGAAAGCUCAAUAGAAACGGAAACUUCUUGGUUUACAAUGGGUAGAAAAAAUAAUCUAACAGAGAAAGAUAUUAUGAAGUUCUUUGAUGAUCAACUAGACUUAGACGACUUGUUAAAAACAGUUUUACCAACUGGAAAAGAAAAAACACCUCCACGUGAAGUGAUCUCAAGGAAAGUUUGGAUCUCAGAUAAUCUUGACAAAGAAUUAAAAGAAUGGAAUUUUGACCAAAUUGUACAAGAUACAUUUAAGGAUAUAUUAAAACAAAGUACGUAG